UUAACCGGAUCUUUCUGUGUUUUGAUUGGUUGAUGACUUAGGCGUCUCUCGUUUUGUGCCGGAUCCAGCAGUUUGGUUCUUCGACUCGUAGGACGUGGAAGGUUUUGUAAGUUGUCCGUUUGAUCGUUCGCCAAUUUUUAGAAAAUUUCGAUUUCAAAUAUGAAGCCUACAAGUGUAUUUGUUGGUGGUUUGGGAGAUAACUUGAGCAGAGACGAUUUAGAACGUGAAUUCAGUAAAUACGGAAAGUUGAAUAGCAUAUGGGUUGCACAAAAUCCACCCGGUUUUGCCUUCAUUGAAUACGAUGACGAUCGUGAUGCCGAUGAAGCAAUCAAGAACAUGAAUGGGGUUGUGAUAAAUGGUUCACGUAUCAGAGUUGAGAUGUCACGUGGUAGUGGACGUGGAGGCAGAGGUGGUAGAGGACGAGGUAGAGGUGGGUGGAGAGAUGAAAGAGGAAGAGGAGGUAGGGGUGGAAUGAGAGGACGUUUCCGUGGUGGAAGAGAUUCUGGAUUUGGAGGACGAGGGGGUUUUGGACGUAGACAAGGAGGCGGCUAUGACUCUUAUAGGAGCUCUGGCCAACAGAGUUCCGGUGGAUGGGGAAGAAGAGGGGGCUCCCGCAUGAACGAACGCAAUGACUACGAUGCUCACGAUGACCUCGGAGGUGAUUAUUCCAAGGGUGGGUCCAACUACCGCAGUAGAUCACCUGUGGGACAAAGGUAUUGUGACACAAACUUCAUGUAAAAAUGCACGUGUAUAAUAUAUUUUAUAUAGGUAAAUUUGUUUUUCCAGUCUUCUAGAUGAGAUUUAUGAUCUGUAUAAAAUUUAAUUACGUGCACAGCACAUAAGUUUGCAUCUUUUUUCAUUUUUUGAGUGGCAUGAGCUGAAAUUAUGUACAGAGAAUAAGCAGUUCAAAACAUCACAAACUAUGCAAAGAUUCUGGAGUUCACUGUUGGCAUGCAUGCACUUUUUAUAACAUUGAGUAAUAGAAAAAUAUGAAUAUGUAAUAGCACUUUUCAAAAUAAGGAGCUGCACUUAUUGUAUAGUCAGCAUCACAAUUUGAAUUGCUACAUUCCAACAAAAAAUAUGGAUCUUUGCAUUUUUGUGCUACAUGAUUUUUAUUGGUAGAAAAUGUUCAAAACUUGAUAAUGUGACUACUUGACUAGCCAUGAAAGUUAUUUAAUGCACUUUAAUUUUGAAAGAAAAUCUAGUCAAGAAAAUAAGCGGCUCAGUUUUACUAACACUUCAUCCUUUAAAACAACUUGUCUUCCUUCAUAAAUGAUUCUUACCAACUUAAUUUAAUUACGUUUAAAAUCUACAGCUUAAUUUUAAAAAAUUACCUUCAUUCAAGUAGUCACAAAAUGAGCUAACAAAUUUUUUCUUAAUAAUUGGCAUUGACUAUAUUAUUGUUGAAUGCUUUACAUUUUAUCAGGGCUUGAAAAGGUGAAUGUUGGGUAAAUUUGCAAUUGUCCUUUAGUAGGAUAUAGAAACGGUCAGACACUUGUCUGUAAAUCGGAAUGCGUUCACUUUAGAUUUUCAAGCCCUGGAUGCAGUUAUCAGAUGUAAUAUAUAUAAAUUAUAUAUAUAUAUAUAUAGUUUCCUGUAGACUGAAGUCAUAAUAUGAUAAGAAGUUAGUCAGAAAUUGAGAAAAAUCUUCACUUGUGCAUAUAAUCUGCAAAACUUUUUCUUCAAACAGACUUUCCUACGGCAGUUAAGUGUCAAGAUUCCACAUCUUGUAGCAUGUCCUGCAUCAAGAUUUGACCACCUCAUCAGGUGGAGAACUAUUGGGACGUCAACGUCAUCUUACAUCAAGCAUUCAUCAGUUAUUUUGUUUUUUUAUUUCUGUACAUUGUCUCGAGAACUGUAUGAUUCAUCAUAAAUGUUUUUUGAAAAUUUAGUAUCACUUGACAAUGUUUUGAAUGUCUUCGAUUACCACUGGUAUUUAUUAAUACCGGCUCAUGUCACCAUCGGCCCUGCAGCUGUAUUAUACAUGAUGCAUUCAUUCGAUGUAGUUCUUAAGAAACUUCAAAUUUUCAAUAAAACGACUACACAACUGUUGUAUGCAUUCACAAUCUUUUUAGCCUACAUCACUUCACAAUCUCGACUUCAUCAACUUCAAUCACUUAAUUAAAUUCACAAAAUGUCCCAAGUAGCCAAAGGAGUCUCAAGUUGCAAAAGUUAUUAAUUACGAACACUUCUAAAUUUUUAUCAUUCUACGA